AUGAGCGUGCCGCUGCUGAAGAUCGGGGCGGUGCUCAGCACCAUGGCCAUGGUGACCAACUGGAUGUCCCAGACACUGCCCUCUCUGGUGGGACUCAACGGGACCACUGUCUCCCGAGGGGGCACCUCCGAGAGGAUCGUCAGCGCUAUCUAUCCUAGCCCAGAGGAGGGCUGGCAGAUCUACAGUUCAGCUCAGGAUGCAGAUGGGAAGUGUAUCUGUACAGUGGUGGCCCCGGCCCAGAACAUGUGUAACCGAGACCCACGCAGUCGGCAGCUCCGACAGCUCAUGGAGAAGGUCCAGAACAUCACCCAGUCCAUGGAGUUGCUGGACCUGCGGACCAACAGGGACCUUCAGUAUGUGAGGAACACAGAGAGCCUGAUGAAGGCUGUAGACGUCAAGCUGAAGACUGCCUCAGACAACCCCCGAAGCCUCAACCCCAAGAGCUUACAGGAGUUGAAGGACAAGGUGACCCAGCUGCUCCCCCUACUGCCGGUGUUGGAGCAGUACAAGACGGACGCCCGUCAGAUCAGCCGGGUGAGGGAGGAGGUGAGGAACCUGUCGCUGGUGCUCAUGGCCAUCCAGGAGGAGAUGGGAGCCUACGACUACGAGGAGCUGAGACACAGGGUCCUGCUGCUGGAGACCAGGCUCCACUCCUGCAUGCAGAAACUGGGCUGUGGGAAGUUGACCGGCGUCAGUAACCCCAUCACCAUCCGUGCGUCAGGGUCAAGAUUCGGCUCCUGGAUGACUGACACCAUGAUCCCUAGUUCAGACAACCGGGUGUGGUCCAUGGACGGCUACUUUAAAGGUCGUCGUGUCCUGGAGUACCGCACCCUAAACGACUUCAUGAAAGGCCAGAACUUCGUUCAGCACCUGCUACCCCACCCCUGGGCGGGGACCGGCCACGUGGUCUACAACGGCUCCCUGUACUACAACAAGUACCAGAGCAACAUCAUCAUCAAGUACCACUUCAGGUCCCGCAGUGUUCUGGUGCAGCGCAGUCUCAGUGGGGCCGGCUACAACAACACCUUCCCCUACUCCUGGGGAGGCUCCUCAGACAUCGACCUGAUGGCAGACGAGAACGGUCUGUGGGCCGUCUACACCACCAUCCCAAACGCAGGCAACAUCGUCAUCAGCCGCCUGGAGCCGCAGAGCCUGGAGGUGCUGCAGACGUGGGACACAGGGUUCCCCAAGCGCAGCGCCGGAGAGUCUUUCAUGAUCUGUAGCACGCUAUACGUCACCAACUCCCACCUGGCCGGGGCUAAGAUCUACUUCGCCUACUACACCAACUCCUCUAGCUACGAGUACACAGACAUCCCCUUCCAUAACCAGUACUCCCACAUCUCCAUGAUGGACUAUAACCCCAGAGAGAGGGUGCUGUACACCUGGAACAAUGGACACCAGGUGCUCUACAACGUCACUCUGUUCCAGGUCAUUAAGACCGCUGGGGACUAGAGACACCAGGGGUGGCUGGUGUCACUUUACAUCGGAGGACGGGCCUAUUGUAAUGGUCGGAAUGGAAUGAAUGGAAUGAUAUCAAACAAGCAUUCCAUUGAUUCCAUUCCAGUCAUUUCUAUGAGCCGUCCUGCGUUCACAAGCCUCCAGAGACACCCAGAGCUAGCCUGGUCUCGGGUCUGUUGUGCUGUCUUGACAACUCCUAGUGUGACAUUGACCAUAUGUGUUGGAAAGAUAGCACAGAUCUGGGACCAGGCUAACCCAGAGGCAGAGUCAGACCGAACACACAACAAAACUAUAAUGCUGUUAUGGAGGGGGGGGGGAUGGGCAGGCAGACAGAUGGACGGAAGGAGGCUUGGACUUUUUUAAAGCAUUUCAAUCUUCUUCAUAGACUGCUGUUAUUCAUUCAGAAAAAAAUCCACUCCGACAGCAAGGUCAGUAAAUAUAUAUAGACUGG